AUACCUUCCCACUUCCCGCAAAUCGCGAACGGUCACCAUUUUAUUUUAUUUAUUAUUAUAAGUUGGGACGACCUAGACUCGCGCAAGCGUAGCAACUAAACUACUAUCAUAAUAGCCCAGUUUUUGCCUCCCCACACACGCUCUUGCCCUACUUUGAUUAUUAACUUGUUGUCACGGGAAAGUACAAAUUCCCAUUGUCCCGCUUCUAUUUAAAUUUCUCUCUUCUUAAUUCUUCUCUUUCUUUUCUUGCGAUUAAAAGUCAAGCCCCAUCUUGCCUCGGUCGACACGCCGUUUUGCAAUUCGUCAUUAGUGUCGCCAUCUUUUGGGCGUAGCCCACCAAGGCGACCUCGAGCCGCCAACCACUUCUUCUCAUUCGCCAAACUAACCCUCCUUCCUCCCCGCCGGUGCCCCCCCGUCGCCAAGUAUUAUUUUUCCUAAUUGAGACUUGAUCAAUCAUAGCGAUCACAGGACGAAAGAAAGAUAUUAGAAUUAUCAUCAUCAGAAAUGUCGAGCGUUUCGGAAAAGACGGUCUCCCCCAGUGCCUCUAAGCAAUCGUCAAUAAAAUCUGUCGACAUAUCCACGAAAUCUCCAAGAUUACCACCGCAAAAUGGACAGACAGCUACCGAAUACCUUCAUCCCGAGGGUCAACCGAAGCCACCCGAGAAGGCCUCUUUCAAGGACAAGUUAACUCGAAUGUUCUCCAAUAAGGAUGACAUCCCCAGGUCAGCCGUUGCCGACAGCUCUCAAUUAGCGAAGCGCGCCGUUCCAAGCCCUUCUCCGAGCCAAACUGCUGUCACCACUGUCGCAAAACCAGGACCUGUCGUUCGCAAGCCAUCCGCGGCUGAACCCCCGGCAGCCCCUAAAUUGCCUCACCAUCAGCGAUUUGUUCCCAACCCUGACGUUCAAGGCGGCCAUGAGCAUUACCUCAAGGGUAGUAAGCGACAAGAGAAGCUAUCCGAUAUGUGGAAGACCCUCCUGGGCAGAAAGCAGGACCAACCACCAGAUGCUGAUUUGUCCCUGGUAUCCAACUGGGUAGAUACACUCAAGCAAGAGAAGGAACUGCUUGCGGGUGACAAGAGAGGGGGCCCUAAUCAAAGCAUCACCCUCGUUGAGAAGUAUGGUAAAUGCCAAGAGGUGGUUGGACGUGGUGCCUUUGGUAUCGUCAGGAUAUCGCACAAGAAGAUGGAAAACGGGGAGAAGCUGUUCGCCGUCAAAGAAUUCCGCCGCAGACCCGAAGAGACGGAGAAGAAGUAUAGCAAGCGCUUAACGGCCGAGUUCUGCAUUUCGUCAUCUUUGCGACAUCCGAAUAUCAUCCAUACUCUAGACCUGCUAAAGGACCAAAAAGGUGACUAUUGUGAGGUCAUGGAGUAUUGCUCUGGUGGUGAUCUCUACACGCUUGUCCUCUCCGCUGGCAAGUUGGAAGUGGUGGAGGCCGAUUGCUAUUUCAAACAGAUGAUGCGUGGUGUGGAAUACUUGCAUGAAAUGGGUGUGGCACAUCGCGACCUCAAGCCCGAGAACCUACUUCUGACAAGUCAUGGCGCACUCAAAAUUACGGAUUUCGGCAAUGGUGAGUGCUUCAGAAUGGCAUGGGAAAAUGAUGCCCACAUGGUAUCGGGUCUCUGUGGAUCCGCCCCAUAUAUCGCCCCUGAAGAAUACAUUGACAAAGAAUUCGACGCUCGUGCUGUUGAUGUCUGGGCUUGCGGUGUUAUUUACAUGGCAAUGCGGACCGGGCGGCAUCUUUGGCGGGUGGCUAAGAAAGACGAGGACGAAUUCUACGAGCGUUAUCUUGAAGGACGCCGUGACGAGGAGGGUUACGGCCCAAUAGAAUCACUGCACCGUGCUCGCUGUCGUAAUGUGAUCUAUUCCAUCUUAGAUCCUAAUCCUACGCGACGUAUCACAGCAUCUCAGGUGUUAAAAUCUGAAUGGGGCCGUGAAAUCAAACUCUGCAAGGCAGGUGAAGAGGGUCUAUAAGCGGAGGGACCUACGACAAGCAACUCCUCUCAACCAAGGGUCAAUCUUACUUCCCAUGGUGUCUUUAUCCUUGUGGUCAAUGGUGACAACUCUUGAUACCCUUCACCGCCUUGUUAGGGGGAGCAAGCAUGCACCACGAAUUAAUCAACCUUAAUCACACAUGAGUCUUUGAAACUCUUUCAUGAACGAAUAUUCUGUUUUCAUUCCGCAUGGAGUUCCGGUGAGAUCACAGUUUCUGUCUGGCAUUAUCCUUCGAUUCUCAAGCUCGUAUUCUUCAAUACACAUUUUCUUUUUACUGUCAACUCUCGGCUAGGCAACCAGGAAGGAUUCUACUGUGCGUCGCAUCGGAACAGGAUAGGUGAUAGAUGCGUCAUGCGCACUGCGAGCGAGCGCCAAACCAAGGGUGACUCUUAUAUCCAUUGUACAAGAAUAGAAGCAUACUCGCAUUCUACUGGUCUACGCGAAAGGGGCAGG